CGCCAGCGAGCGCGCUUUAUACUGGCGUGCGGAGCGGCGGCAGCAGCGAGCGGCAGGGCUGAGCAUCACCGCGCGGCGAUACCGAGUCACCUGCCAACAUGUCCGACAAGCCAGACAUGGCCGAGAUCGAGAAAUUUGACAAGUCCAAAUUGAAGAAGACAGAGACGCAAGAGAAAAACCCGCUGCCUUCAAAAGAAACAAUUGAACAGGAGAAGCAAGCGGGUGAAUCGUAAUGAAAUCUGCCCUUCCAAAUUAUGCACUGUACAUUCCACAAGCAUUGCCUUCUUAUUUUACUUCUUUUAGCUGUUUAACUUUGUAAGAUGCAAAGAGGUUGGAUAAAGUUUAAAAUGACUGUACUGCCCCUUUCACAUCAAAAGAAUAGAGAGAACUACUGACACUGAAUGAAGGCGCUGCCUUUCCCUCUGCCUGUCUGGCUUUGGUCCUGGUGGCAUGAAAGAGCUUGCAUGUUGAUGAAAGAAGAACUUGGGUGGGACUACAGUAAACUAGAGUAACACAUGAAUAAAUGCAAAGCUGUACCAAGGUCCUGCGAGCUGUAAAAUGCAGUUAAUCGAGUGCCAUUUUUUUUUUUUUGUUGGUCAAAUGAUUUUAAUUAUUGGAAUGCACAAUUUUUUUAAUAUGCAAAUAAAAUGUUUUAAAACCUG